AUGGAAAAGGCAUUAUAGAAAGACCUCCAAUGUUAUUUCUCCUCUCUGUCUUCUUUCACCCUAAGACCUCCAAGGUUCCAGUUGAGAGCUCUUAAUUCUGGACAAACAGCUUGCUCUUGUGCUAUUCGCCUGGGACAGUAACGACCUUACUCUCUGCAGCUGGGGAUUUGAAGAGUCCGGAUAGCUCUACCUCUACUUUAAAGUGAAAUUAGACAGAUGGGUGGCAGUGGUUCAGCGAGCACUUCAAUUGAUAUUGAAGGGCUUUUGAAGGAAGUUCCAGAUAGCAUGCAAACAACCUUGCCGGAAGAGAUGUGUAUCUACCAUGUCCCGGUAGACAUUCGUCAAGUAAACAAAGAUGCCUAUACCCCUCAGGUGAUUUGUAUAGGCCCAAUUCACCAAAAGAAUGAAAACCAAGUUAUAAAAGAACUGAAGCGAAGAUAUUUCAAACAGUUCUUUAACAGACUGCCGGCGGAAAAACAGAAACCGGUUCUGGAGGAACUUGUGAAGACCAUUACAGGUUGUGUAGAUAAAAUCCACAAUUGUUAUGAAGAUGCUGCUUUUGAACUUUGCAAGGAUCCAAAAGAGUUCUUGAAGAUGAUUCUAUGGGAUGCUGUAUUCAUCUUUGAGCUCUUCUUGAAGAACAGAGAAUUUAUGGAAGAUACAGAGAAAUACAAGUACGAUUAUAUAAUAGGUAAACCCUGGCUGAUAAUUGCUGUGCAACGGGACCUGAUAUUACUCGAAAAUCAGCUGCCGUUCUGGAUUCUUGAUGAUUUGUAUGGUAUUGUCUCCAAAUACAUUAUAACCGUUUGCUCUUGUUCACCUAAAACCGAUUGCGGUUGUCCACCUGAAACCGAUGAAACCUGUUGCUCUUGUGUACCUAAAACCGAUUGCUGUUGUCCAUGUAUAAAUUUUCUGGUUCUUACUCGCAAGUUCUUUGAGAUGUACAACAAGAGACAAACCAGUCCUCAGAAACCAUUACAUUUCACUGAUCUGGUAAGAUCUUUUUACCUUCCCGUCGACCCAAGUCCACCUGAAACUGAUAAAACCUGUUGCUCUUGUGUACCUAAAACCGAUUGCUGUUGUCCAUGUAUAAAUUUUCUGGUUCUUACUCGCAAGUUCUUUGAGAUGUACAACAAGAAACAAACCAGUCCUCAGAAACCACAUGACUCGCCAAAUAGAUUACUUCAUAGUGCAACUAGGCUGCACCAAGCAGGAAUAAAGUUCAAGCCAAAGCCAAAAGAAUACUUAAUUAUCAUAAGAUCAUGGACGGAAGAUAAAUCUAUCAAGAAAGGUGAGUUACAUGUUCCAGUCCUUGAGAUUGACGAUCAUACUGAUUGUAUCUUUCGAAACCUGAUGGCGCUGGAGCAGUGUCAUUAUCCUUAUAAAGCCUUCAUCUGCGAGUAUGUCAUAUUCUUGGAUCGUCUUGUGGAUACCAAAGAAGAUGCAGAUUUGCUCAUUAAAAGUAAAGUUAUUGUUAAUAUGCUUGGAGAAAGUAAUGAUGUGGCUAAGCUGAUUAACAAACUUUGCCAAGGAAUCGUAGAAGUCUCUUCGCGCUAUAACAGGCUCGCCGAAGAUUUAAAUAAAUACUAUGACAACCCGUACAACAAUAGUAAGGCCUUCCUCAGAAGACAGUAUUUCAGUAAUGUUUGGAAAGGCACCGGAACUAUUGUUGGAUUGAUCGUCCUGUUCAUCACUUUGGGAAACUUUGUUCGAUCUUUUUUUUAGUACUCAAAGGUUCGAUUGCUUCAGUGUCUGUACAAUUCCUCCUUUCCUUUUCUGUAGCUAAUAAUUUUUACUUCACUUGUUUGAUUGUAAGAAUAAUCAUCAGUAUUGUACUUUGUUGUAAUCAACUUUAAGGAAUAUUAUCUAGUGUGUCUAUGUA